CAGACCCGUAUCCUGUGUAAAAACGUCCUUACCCCAUAGUCAAGUUGGUAAAUCUGCAACACAAAUCUCAAAGUUUUGGGAGGUUGGCAUGACAAGUUUCCAUCUGUAGCGUCGUGCUGUUUAGCAAGGGAAACCGCAUGAGAAAGCCAGCCUCUCAUCCUGUUUGCAGCAUUACAAAGUCCAAAAAACGAGUGGAAAUGCCUCCCAUGCAGAUCCGGACUACAAACGUUCCGGUCAUUGCGCAUUUGCAUGACAACUCUGGGGAGAUGAUGGUGAUGGCAUUUCGGUGUCCGCCUGACCCACCUUCCCUGCGUGACAGCCAUCUGCGGCCAUUUACACAGGGGGAAGCAAAGUGUGUCGCGCUUCGGUUUAGCAUGAAAACUCUGGGGCGGGGACGUUUUUACACAGGAUAAUGCGUACGGUACCUUCUGGAGCCGGAUCGGGGGCAUGCUCUUCUCGACGCACUGCGCGCCGAAGAAACAGGACGAGGAGGAGGACGAGGAGGAUAAUGCGCCGCCGGCCCCCGGACAUCAAGCAACUCAUGCCAGCCACAAAGACGGACAGCCGCCGCGGCAACACGACGGUCAAGAACAGCUGGAAAGAAGAAGUCUGGACGACGAAAAUGCGGAUAGGAGCUCGACGUUGACCACUACGCAACCGGUGG